AUGGCCCGCUACUCUAUCCCAACAAAGUCCAGGCUUCCGUCAUCAUUACGAGUUGAUGCAUCUAAUCCUGCUGUUGUGAAGAGCCUCAAUAGGCUCUCACGAGAGUCUCUUAUUUCCCUGGCACUAGACUGGCUUGACGAUGAGAGUCUCCCGAAUUCUAUUCCUUACAUUGAGAGGAGGGAUGAAGACGACGAUGAAGAAAAUGACGGUCUUUAUCCUCCCUGUCAAAGUAUUGACGAAUUACAACAACUGUAUUUCGAUAUGCAGCAUCAAAAAGGGUCAAAAAGAGAUGUUGUCAGCCGUAUUGUUGAGGGCGAUUGGAGACUUGGCCUGACAUUAUAUCAACUAGCCAUGGCUGAUAUGGCCUAUUUCGAACAGAACCCAACAUCUCAAAAAUGGUCAGCCUAUCAAAUUCUGCCUCUGAAACAGCCUUCACAAGAUGCCGGUGAGGACCAGGUCCUCAGAGUCGACCAAGAAAGCUUGACAAUACCUCGCUUUCAUCCAUCAACCUUUCUCCAGAACCUUCAAACCCAUGUGCUCCCUGACGUCAAGGCACAUUAUCACUUUCACCGACCUACAGCCAUACCCGUUCUGCUACUGCGCAUUUUCGUCAUAGAUUCGCCCUACAACACGGACUUUGCUCUUUCAAGUCGUAAUCCAAGUGGCACAGCAACAAAUUUCGACUCUUCAAGGACAGUGUACAUUGCGUUCCCCGAUGGAUCACCUGCUUUGUACAUUACGAAGUCGCAAGCUACAGGCAACACUGGCUCAGGAGAGUCUAAGAGUUUACAUAGCUUAAUCGUGGAUGGGGUACCCAAGGCUCUCUCACGCCCACGUGAGCGGUACACUCUCAAAUCAGGAAACCUUCAAAGCAAGAACUUGGAUGCACUUCUAGAAAAGAAGGGAUCCGGACGCACAAACUCCGCAGGGGGUGGCUGGAGCAUCUAUUCCAAUGAGGCCACAAAGAUAUCUCCAUUGGACACCGUUAUUCCAACUCCACCACUGUCUCGAGAAUCAUCGUCCUCAAGUCUCAGUCUCAAGCGAGGAGUGUCAUUCACUGAAUCUGAGCAAGUUGCAAAGAAAUCGAAAUUGGUUGCCAAGGCUCGGUUCGGCGAUUCAGGUCUCGUCACUGAUGGUAAAGGAGUAGAGAAGGUUGACAUCGUCAUACAGGAUCCGUUUCCUUCUGCAACUGAAGAUACUGGUGAUACGGAAGAGAAUGAAGAUAGUGCCACGACAGGGAGCAAGAAUCGACGAAAGAGUAAGAUUACAGCCGUUAUUCGAGAAGCGAAUAUCACCGCAGAAGAGAACGACGAUACCAUCUCCUCAGAUCGAUGGACACCAACUAUCAAAGUUACGUUUACUGGAACACAUGUAUGGGCUGGCGUACGGCAACUUGUAGAGGCUGGCAUAAUAGAUGGAGAGCGGAUGCCGGGGUGGAUGACAGGAGAAGAGGGAGUAACAACGGGACUUGUGAGGCAUGGAAGAAUACGUGGAUACAAGGGCUCAUGGCUGUGA